AUGCCGAUGAUGUUCCAGCAGAGCCUGGCCGGCUUGGUCAAGGCAUUGAGAGCGACCAAGGGCACAAGAGGCAAAGACGAACAGGCCGUCAUCGAUGCGGCUCUCGACGAGAUCAGGAUCGAAGUCAAGAAUGCAGACCAGGAGAUCAAGGCAGCCGCAAUCCUCAAGCUCACAUUUUUGGACAUGCUCGGACACUCUCACUUGACUCAGUAUGCGUUUCCAGUGAUCGAGUGCAUGUCGUCUACGCGCUACGACAUCAAGCAGGUCGGCUACUUUGCAGCUAGUCAGACGUUUGCAGAGUCCACAGAGGUCAUCUUGCUCGCCAACAAUCUCAUCAAGAAGGAUCUGACAACCCCAGCAGCGGGUCCAGCAGCACUCUUUGCUACCCUUGCCCAUUUGCCGCCCUUGAUGAUCGCCUCUACGCAGCUCUCUGACGAUCUGCAACCUGAUCUGCACCAGCAUCUCUCUCAUUCGCGGCCCAUCAUACGCCGGAUGGUCAUCCUCAUUUUGGGACAGGUCUGGCGAAACCAGACGCGUCUUGCACUUGCACAGGCAACUGAUCCCGCCGAGCAAGCCCGCAUACGACAAGGGAAUGACCGGGAGAUCCUGCAUCGUAUCGAGAAGCUGCGCGAGAGAUUGUCAGACGACGAUCCCGGCGUCGUCUCGGCUGCAGUCAACAUCAUCCUCGAACUCGCCCGGAUCACGCCAGAUCCUUACCUCGUUCUCGCGCCAGAGUUGUUCGACCUACUGAGCACGAGCAGCAAUAAUUGGAUGCUGAUCAAGAUCGUUAAGCUUUUCGCACUACUGACGCCGAGAGAACCGAGGUUGGUCAGGAAGCUUCUGCCGCCUCUGACGGGCCUCAUCGGCUCCACGCCUGCAAUGUCACUGCUCUACGAGUGCAUACAUACCGUCAUCGUGGGUGGCAUGCUCGACGCUAGUCAAGGUGGCGACCGCCUCGCGCGGACAUGCGUGAGCAAGCUGGCCGGCUUCCUCGAGGAAAAUGAUCAAAACUUGCGUUACAUUGCCAUGCUUGGCCUUUCCAAGAUACUGCCGACUCAUCCUCAUCUCGUCGCAUCGUGCCAGAAGACGGUCAUGCAGUGUAUCGACGAGCCAGAUGCGAGCAUUCGACUGCGCGCUCUUGAUUUGAUACAAGGCAUGGCGGACGCCGACAAUUUGCACAGCAUCGUCGAGCAUCUGCUGUCGCAUCUGGGAACGUCAGAUUCAGAUCGUCAACCGAGUGCUGGCUCAGCACUCCGGGCACUCGCUGGCAGUACAUCCGCCAAUUCCGUCACGAGCACAUCAAGUGUUCAGGCAACCCUGCACGUCUCUGUGCCUUUCAAGCUCUCACUCAUCGGCGCGAUCUUGACCAUCACUUCACAGCAGACCUAUGCGCUCAUCAAGGACUUUGCUUGGUACAUUGAUCAGCUCAUUGCUCUCACGUACAUCUAUCUCCCGAUCGCUACUCCCACUGCAGAAGGCACGGGCAAGCGGAUUCGUGAUCAUUUUGUGGACGUCGUGGCCCGAGUCAAGGCUGUGCGGCCAUAUGCCGUUCGCGUGCUAACUCGCUUACUCGCGGACGAUUGCUUUGUCGAGAACGCUUCACUCGCAACUUCGGGCGAUGUAGCCGAGAUUUUAGCGGGAGCGGCCUUCAUCUGCGGAGAAUACGCAGCAGAACCAACUGAUCUAGCGAGGACUCUUGAAGCGCUUCUCGCCACCAGUGCCGAGCAGCUACCGCCUCAUGUUGCAUCAGUCUAUGUCCAUAAUGCUGCCAAAACGUUCGCAAGAUGGGCUCCUCAAUCUGUCUCGUCUUGGUCAGAAGACGUAGAAGGCUUGCAAAAGCUGCGCGCGCUUUCCCAGGCACUUUCGGCGAGCCUCUCACGUUUCGUUGCUUCACAAGAUCUCGAGCUUAGGGAACGGUCACUGCAGCUUUCUGCGCUACUGCAAUACGUCGAGCCAACGCUGGAAGCGACGGUAGGUGAUGAAAGCAAAGUACGGUCUGCAGCCGAGACAGCUCUUCGAGUGCUCCACCUCCUCUUCUCUUCGUACGAAAUGAACCCAGUGGCUGUCAAGGCUCAGAGCGCUGUACCUGUUCCGGACGAGCUCGAUCUCGAGGUCCAGCUCAUACCUGGCUACGAUCAACAUGUCGCCUCAAUCACGGCGCAAGAGAUCGAUGUGGACGACUAUGGCCGGCCAAAGCAACAACACAAGGCAAACGAUGUUGCACAGGCAGAAACCAAGCCGAAGAAGACGCGACGACCGAAGGCGGAGACCGAGGAACCCAGCGAAAAGGCAUCCAUGCAGAAGAAAAGCAAAAGUCGCAAACACAAGACUAAGAACGGGAAAGUAGAUGACGCAGAGAUUGAUGCCAUACCUAUCGUCAAGCUUGACCUGGACGGCUUAGCCGUCAGGUCGCCCGCUCAGCCUGUGAUCCGCAUACCCGCAGCCGUCAUUGAUGCAGAUGGGGAAAUGCCGACGGUCAAGCCAUCGGAUCGGCAGCGGUCUCCUUCGCUGUCACCCAUUCCAGCUGUAACACCACCUGCAGAGACGACCGAGAAGGAGCCGCUUCUCACUGUGGACGAGCCGAUACCUGCUAUCAAAGUAGUCAAGAAGAAGAAAAAGAAAGCUGUUGCAUGA